UUGUGACAAAAAAUUCAAUGACAGUUAUGCUCUUAGGAGAAACCUUAAAUCAAAACAGAAAUUUGUAAGAACUUAAUUUCUUUCAUACAUCAAAACACAUUCUGCAAUGCCUGUUCAGGGAAAACUGGUAAGCAAAUUCUUUCCUACAAGCACAUACGUAUCAUUUAUAAGUGGUGUGCUUUCUCUUGUCCGGAGUUCAAUGUCGCACUCUUUGUAAUAGUUAUUGUAUACGCAGUGGCGGAUAUAAAGGAAGGUUACGUGGGUUGCAACCCUUCUCCCUGUGGAUGAAAAUUAAGUUUGAAAAUGUAAUUUUUGCCAUGUCUUGAAUCUCUCUCAUCCCUUUCUUGGGCGGAAAAGGUACAAACUUGAGUCGCACCCGCCCUUUGAUUUUUUUUUCUGGAUCCGCCUCUGUAUACGCAAUUCAAUUUUUAAAAAUACAAUUUGUCGUUUUGUCUUAUUACGGUAAAAAGACUUGAACACUUAAUAUCAAAAUAUAUAUGGCUUUAUCACUAUACUGUAUAUCAUCUUAACUUUCGAUUCGCCCCAUCUAAUUAUUUACAUGUACUACCUAGGUUUAAAAUACGAAGUUCAACCCUAGUUGACAGGGCCGUUCUAUUUCUUCACCCUCAUUGUUGAUAAAGUAUAAAUAUUUUAAAAGCAGGCGGAUGUGUUCACCAAUGCGUUAGUAUUGUCUCGCGUACUGAACGUCAAACAUGGCUUCAAUACCUGGUUUUAUUGGACACAUUGACCUGACAACACUUCUUGUAUUUGUGCUGGUGUUUCUGUUGGGUCUCUGUGUGAUUAAAACCCCAAGGUCCUCCAUUCCUGGACCAUUUGCCUUGCCGUUCAUCGGAAAUGCAUUGUUGUUCCUUCGAAUGGGCAAAAAGCGUCAUAUAGGAUUUAUGGAUUUACGUGAGAAAUAUGGAGAUGUGUUUCGUGUAUAUGCUGGUAAACAUAUGAUGGUCAUUAUCAGUGGAUAUGACAAUAUAUAUGAAGCCUUCGUUAAACAUGCAGCACAGAUGAGUAACCGCCCGGAGUGGAUAUUACCUACAACAAAAACCAAAGAAGGAAUAAUUGAGCCAGGAGUACUCUUGUCAAGUGGCGACAUUUGGAGGCGAAAUCGUCGCUUUGUUUUGCAGACUAUGCGGGAUUUUGGCAUGGGAAAAACUUCCAUUGAUGACGUUAUUUUAGACGAAUUCAGACUGUUAUGUGCGGAUAUAGCCUCAACUAAAGGACAGCCAAUAACAAACUUGAAAAGCAUUCUAACCGCUUCAGUCAGCAACAUCAUACAUAAUAUAGUUUUUGGUUUUAGAUGUGCACAUGAUGACGAACAGUUUCUCUCAGUAUUAAAAGCCAUGGAUAUUCUAGUUAAAGGUCCGGGACCGGUCUUGCAAGUGUUACCCAGAUUCGUGAAAAACUUCAUCGCAACUGGUGUGAAUGAACGAAAGAAAGCAAGAGAAUUCAUUUUUGAAUACCUCAGAAAACAGAUACAGGAACACGAAAAAACGAUCGAUGAAAACAACAUCAGAGAUCUACUGGACCAGAAGAUACUGUCUUUUUCAUGUAACGAAACAAUUCAGGAAAAAAUUCGUCACACCGUCCGGAUUGUAAUAGACCUGUUCAUUGCUGGAACAGAGACAACUGCCACAACGUUAGACUGGGCUCUUCUUUACAUGAUUGAAUACUCUGAUGUGCAGGAAAAAUGUUUUCAGGAAAUAGAGAAGGAGGUCGGCUUGAAUAGAGAGGUACGUAUGAGUGACAAACCCCGGCUACCAUAUGUGGAGGCCACGAUAUUAGAAGUACAGCGACUAUCAAAUAUAUUGGAUAUGUCAUUGCCACAUGCGUCAACAGAGGAGGUGACAAUUGCGGGUCACGUGAUACCGAAGGAUACAAUUGUGAUGGGACAUCUCAAAUCGGCUCAUAUGGAUCCCGCCCACUUUCCACAGCCUAAGGAGUUCAGACCGCAAAGGUUCAUAGAUGACGUCACAGGGAAGAUAACUAAUAAGGAUCGCCUUAUCCCUUUCUCCAUCGGACCCCGAGUUUGUGCUGGAGAGGCUCUUGCAAAAUCAGAACUCUUUCUAAUGUUCACUAAUUUGAUCCAAAAGUUCAAGUUCUCCAAGACGUCUGAAGAUGUUCUGAGUUUCGAUGGAUUUACCGGAGCUACAACUUCGACAGAACCGUUCACAUUGAAGGCAGAACCCCGAUUUUAAUCGAAAGUUUAUCGACAGACAGAAGAAAAAGAACGCUAUUUUUGUAAAUUAGCUAUCUGAAAGUGUUGGAAUGUAUAAGAAUAAAUGUGAGUGUUUAGAUGUAAAAUUGGUAGAUCUAUAUGCAUGCAAGAUAUGGUGUGUUUGUUUAAAUAUGAUUGUAUAUUAAGAUUUGUGAAAAAUCUAAAAUAGCAAUUUUAAGGUAAUCCAUAUUUGUUAAUAAAAUUGUUAUUUGCAAA